UUCAAGAGCAAAACAGGGGAGCCAACGCAUGAAGACACAAAGAUGAGACGACUCUUUCUUCUACUUCUUCUUCCUCUUCUUCUCUCUGCACCUACAGAAAGAAAGAAGGAAAGCCAAGACAAACAAAACCCCAUUCCAAAAAGCAAAAGUUGAAAAAGCAGAUCACACAAAUCACAAACCUUUCUUUUCCAUUCCCACCAAAAAGUUCCACAAAGCACACCUCAUUAAGCAACAUGAACACCCGUAACACAGUUCCUCUUAUAUCUUCUUUCCCUCCAUUUUCUCAUCUACAAAAUCAACAACACGACCUCUCUAUUCUUCUCGCUUCACAACAAUGUCUGGAGAGCUUGUUCCCGCAGAGCCUAUUAGCGAAGCCUCCACAAGCUAUGCACCACCUGUUCGACGUCAAAAAGGAACCCACAACUCAGACCAGUCUAUACCUCUUACAAGGUCACUCACUUAUGGCGACCACGUUGUUCCUGGGCCGUUUGAUAGUGAGAGGUUGCCUCCAACUUUGGCUUCUGGGAUUCAGAAGUUCCUUCGAGUCGCUAACUUGAUUGAACCCGAGGAGCCUCGCGUUGCUUAUCUCUGUCGGUUUCAUGCUUUUGAGAUAGCACAUAGUAUGGACCAUAAUUCAACAGGAAGAGGUGUUCGGCAAUUCAAAACCUCUCUUCUUCAACGACUUGAACAGGAUGAAGAAACUACCAUAAGGACACGUAAGGAGUCGAGUGAUACACGUGAAUUAAAACGUGUUUAUCAUGCAUAUAAGGAGUAUAUAAUCAGCCAUGGCGGGGCAUUUGAUUUGGAAAAUAGUCACCGAGAAAAGUUGAUAAAUGCACGUAGAAUUGCUUCUGUUUUGUAUGAAGUACUAAAGACGGUUACAAAUGCAGCUGGUCCUCAGGCCAUUGCUGAUAGAGACAGCAUUCAUGCAAAAUCUGAGUUCUAUGUACCUUACAACAUUCUUUCACUUGACCACGGAAGUAUUCAGCUAGCAAUUAUGCAACUCCCUGAGAUUAAAGCUGCAGUUGCAGUUGUUCGCAAUACUCGUGGUUUGCCUUCACACCAAGAUUUUAACAGACAUAGACCUUUCGUGGAUUUGUUUGAAUUUCUUCAAUAUUCAUUUGGCUUCCAGGAAGGAAAUGUAGCCAAUCAAAGGGAGCAUCUGAUUCUACUUCUUGCUAACACUCAUACGCGGCAAUCUAAUAAACAGUCUUCUACACCCAAGUCAGGGGAUGAGGCUCUGGAUGAAUUAAUGAAGAAGUUUUUUAAGAAUUACACGAAUUGGUGCAAGUUUUUGAGGAGAAAAAGCAACAUCCGGUUGCCUUAUGUACAGCAGGAAGCCCAACAAUAUAAAAUUUUAUACAUAGGGCUUUACCUUCUUAUCUGGGGCGAAGCAGCAAACUUGCGGUUUAUGCCAGAAUGUCUGUGUUACAUUUUCCACCAUAUGGCAUAUGAAUUGCAUGGCAUGUUAACUGGUUCCAUUAGUAUGACUGCUGGGGAUAAGGUCAGGCCAGCCUAUGGAGGAGAACCUGAGGCUUUCCUGAAAAAUGUAGUUACCCCUAUAUACAGGGUUAUCUACGAGGAGGCUGCUAAAAGCAAGGGUGGAACAGCAAACCACUCUUCGUGGAGAAAUUAUGAUGAUCUCAAUGAGUAUUUUUGGUCACAUGAUUGUUUCCAAAUAGGUUGGCCCAUGCGACUGGAUCACUAUUUCUUUCAAGUUCAAUAUGUGCAUAAUCAAAAAGUUUCAAAUGCUCGGCCACCUGUUGAUUCUGCUGAAGAAAAAGUUGAAGGGGAGGGGAAGGAAGAUGAUGAGUCUGACAGCCAGCAGCCUGCUGUUUCUAGUUUGUCAAGUAGAAUAUGGAGCAUAUUGUUUCUCAGUGCCCAACCUACUUUUAAAGAAAGUUGUCAAUCAAAAUGGUUAGGGAAGACAAAUUUUGUCGAGAUACGUUCAUUUUGGCAGAUUUUUAGGAGCUUCGAUAGAAUGUGGCACUUCUUUAUUUUAUCUCUGCAGGCAAUGAUUAUUAUGGCUUGCCACGAUGUGGAAUCUCCGCUUCAGAUGUUUGAUGUAAUAAUAUUUGAGGACAUUUUAAGCAUCUUCAUUACAUCUGCAAUUCUUAAACUAAUACAAG